GAAACUCGUCUGUUUGUAUAUUACAUAUAACGCAUUUCUUAUCAUUCCUUGGAAUUUUGUUCGGCUUGUGACAUCUACCAUCAAGCACUUUUAAACGUGUACAUGUGCAUGAAAAGAGUGCUAUAUAAAUGUGGUAUAAUACAUCUACCUGUGUCUAUCAAUAAUCUAUGUGCUUACAAUCUCAGUCUUGUUAAUGCUAUUCUAAAUUUCAUUACAGAAGCAUUAUAAAACAGGACUUAAAACCGAAAGUUGAAAACAGUUUAUAAGAAGAAGCUCUUGAAGAAUUCUCUAAAGAUUCAUUCCAGUGUUACAUGAAACUAUUUCUUAUUCUUUGUUUGAAGCUGAGUAAAUAUUAUGUUUCAUUUCCUACUCCUUGAUUUAUCCAAACAUAAUGAAAUGCUAAGUGCUCAUAUAUUGAUUUGACUGAUUUUGCCCCACAAUUGAUAUUUGGUUUAAGUUCCAUCUCAUAUAUCAUCAUGUCAUAAACUUUUCUAAUAUAUCUGUAUCUUUCAGACUUCAUAUUUUAAACCAAAAUUGUAUUAUCUAACACACCCUAUGGUAUAUAAAUGAAUAUAUGUCUUUUGCAUCAUAAGCUGACUUCACAAGAUAAGCUAUAUAACUUUAACUUUCAUUUUUCAAAAUUAAGCUCUUUUAUAUCUUAGAAAGUUAAGCAGAUUCCUCCGAAACUAUUAGGCUAAGUGCUUUAACACUCCACACAAGUCUUUAACAUCAUAAGAUAAAUUACAGGGCAAGGUACAUGGCUCUAACUUAUAUUUUACUUAAAUAAAGUCCAUUUAUAACUUGAGAAAGCUUGUAAAAUGUUUGUAUGUAAGCAAGUUUCACUGAAUCUACCAAGCCAAACUCCAAACUCCACACAAGACUAUGUCUUCAUAAGAUGACCUCACAUGAUAUGCUUUAAAUACUUAGAAAACUUGAGAAAGUUUUUCCUGUAAGCUGUUUUGUCGGAAACUACUUGACUGAACUUACCUCAAGUCUUUUGCAUCAUGAGAUGACCUCGAAGAACAGGUUUCAUACGUCUGGCUUACAUUUUGUCACAAAUAUGCCACUUUUUAACAUUGUGUGAAAGUUUUGCAUUUAAGCAUGUUCUUCUCAGAAAGUUGUUGACGAACUAUUCUCAAACACUACACAAGUCUUUAACAUCAUGCUAUGGCCUCACGUGGCAGGGAUCAUAAGUCUGACUUAUAUUCCGGCAAAAAUGUUGCUUUUUAUCACAGAAAGUUUGGUAACAAUUGUGCAAGUAAGCAGGUUUCUCAGGAACCUAUUUAUCGAAUGUUUUUACGUACUCUUCUUAAGGCUUCAUCGUCAUGAAAUGACCUCUCUUAGCCAGUUUUUGUAACUCCGAAUUAAGUUUACAAAGGCAAGUUUUUGUUUGUAAGUUAAAAAAUAUGUGGAAGGGUUUCAAAAUGUUGAGCGCGCUGUCAUUAGACAAUUCCUUCCAAAUUUUAUUGGAAUGAUUUGAAGUCGUAUCGAUUCCCGAUUGAGGCAGUGCCUUAUUUAUACUAUGUGUGAUAACAGCAGUAUGUAGCCUGAAUUUUAAGUAAAUUAUUCUGUUUGGGAUUUUCAUUGAAAUAUUUAUCCCAUUGUCAAGCCCUCUACUUUAUACUGAACAAUAUUAGUUUUAUGUUGUGUAAGCAGUUCUUCAGGGCAUUUUGUAUCCUCAUGAGAAUACAUUGUGCAUUGUUACACCUGAGCAUAAGGAGUAUAUGUAUACAUAUACGUAUUGCAGACAGUGUUCUGAAUAAAGCAGUGGAAUUCAUCCUUACAAACAUGCAAGCAACUACUUAUUGACAACCAUAUUUGUUUGUUUUUCUAUCCACCGGCCAGGUAUAGUGUCGUUUAUUUUGCGGAAAAGAAUCUUCCGUUUAGGCAUUUGAUAAAUAUUUUUGGCCACACAGAAAACAGUAUGUUCGAGACAUUUAUUAUAAUGGUAAGUAAUGAUAAACAGUAAGAUAGCUAAACAGUAUAAUGAAUUAUGUUAACUCGCCUCUAUUUAAUGGAAGUGUGCAUGUCUUAGCUUAAGCGGGAUCAAAAACAAUGUUCUUCUGCAAGUAAGCAGAGACACAGCCUGUAUUAUCUAAUAUGUAAAGUUGUUUUUAUUAAAAAAGAAAUCGAUUCAAUUAUUCGGUAUUGUAUAAAUCAGAUAAUUGACUCGGCUAACAAAUAUAUACGUACAUUUCUAAUGUAAAAUGUUUAUGUAAAAUACAUGCAGUGACAAAAUGUCUCUAGUAAUUACGGAAAUUGUUAAUAUGAGCAUGAUAACAUGAAGUACGGAACAGACAAUCUUAAAACGACAUCUGAUUUAAAAUGCAAGUUUCUUAGGGGAUAAAAAAGAAACAAACCCAACUCUCUACUGCUUAUAGAUGUUCAGCCGUACCACUAUUUAUACGAUUAUUUUUUUAAUGCGUCUAACUUUCGUUCUUUAACUGCAAUGCUAAACAACUUUGAAUUCUAAAUAAAGUUCAACUUUAUACUUAAACAUUUCGUGUGAAUACCGUGAAUGAAUUUACAAACUCUACGACAUACAUCGGUAGUAGGUAAUUGCGCAAUUGUAUGCAAACACAAAUAAACGGAUAACAUCAAACAGCUAGCAGUUAAAAGAAAAUUUACCCAGAAAGGAUAAUGAUAAUGAUGAUCCAGGUUUCUGUAGCUGUCGUGAUGGUAAUAGUCUUUGGUGAAGCAAACGGAGGCUUCAAAUCAAGGUACGGAAAUAGCGAUGAGCAAAAUGUGUGUGCCCCGACAUAUGAAUGCAAAUCCCCAUUUCCGGGACAUUGUCAACAGUUGUUGUGUUGCCAGAAAGAGACGUUCUCUAACAGCUCCCCGCCUGUUGGGGACUGUAUAUGUGUAACCGACUUGAAAUAUUGUGAACAACUCCCAUUUCCAUAUAAACGUUCUGGUGAUUUUGGAGCAAGCUGUGUCUGCUGCGACUGUGAGGAAAGAUGCGUACCCUUGAAAAGACACAGUGUCGAUUUAGAACUUUGUCCCAAUUUCGAGGCACCUCUCGGGAGAUGUGACAACAAUAAAAAUCGCUACUGCUGCCCAUCACGUGAUGAAACUCACGAGGCAUGCGACUGCUUUCAAAGAUGUCCCAAACUCUGGCAGGACAUUGGCUCUUGUGCUAAAUGCUGUGAAUUCUAAAUAAGAAACAGAUUAACCCAGUAGAAGCCUGGAUCAUUCAAAAUGUACGUCGUAAUAUGCUAUUUCCCUGAACAUAUGGGCAAUAUUCUUUAACUUGUGGACUUUCUUAACACUCAUCAAUAUGGCUGUAUCAUGACGCCAUACACGCCAUACACGUCCGCUCAGUUGAGGCGAAAGCAUCGCGGAGAAGGACGAAAAUGCCGAAAACUUAACAGAUGUACCAGGAAAUAUAGUGUGUGUGUUGAGUAUGCAAUAGGCGAACUGAAAACAUACAAAAGUUUUGGAACAUUGUGGAAUGUGGAGGCAUCCUAGAAAUAUCCUUUCACAAACAGUGAACAUAUGUGCAUCUCUUGAAGAUAUAAAAUGAUAUAUUAGUCCCUAUUAAAUGAAGUGACAAAUCCGUUUGAUUUAUUUUCGUUAGGGUUUAUAGUUUACAAUGUAAUUCUCAUUAAUUAAUAAUCUCCUGUAUUUUGAUCAGUUUUGUAUAAACUUAUUAUUUGAGGAAACUCCAAUAUUUUAUCGUCAUACAUCUAAGUAAGCAUAAACCAGUUUAUGGUGCGCACCCAACCUCAUUCUUACCCCCACCACGUUCCAAAGACACGGGACGGUGUAAAUAAAAGUAAUCCCCUCCAGGUGAUCUCAAACAGACGUAAUGGAAACAAAAAGGCAUGGCAUGUAAAACACAAAAAUGCUCGUGUAUAAAUAUAUAAAAAGCAAACCUUAAGAACCAAAACGUAUGUACUCAAUGCCUUUUCAGAAGACAGAGAAAAAAGAGAAACACCCUUAAGGGCCCGACGAAACAGGCCAGAAGACAGAUAUCAAAACAGUUCAGUCCUGGUAAGAUUUAAAAACUGCUUAUCAUAGAGUCCUCCCCCUCUUCCGUCAGACACAAUCAAAGAGGGAAGCGUAGUGUCCAAAUGUAAACGGGUUGAACACUAAACAUGCGGUAUGUCUCAAACAGUUGGGUCGUAACCUCUUUUAAUUAAACGUGUUAUAAUUUUACCAAAUACAGUUGGAAAAUUACCAUGACCUAAGAUCUAACGAAGUUUGUAAACCACAUCCCCAUAAAAAACGGGUUUAGAAAUACCU